AUGUGCACCGCGGUGAUAGUUGGAUGCGCUUACGGAAUCGGAAUGAAGGAUCAGACUCUCCGUGAGUAUGGUCGAGAUCACGUUGAGCGUGCAUUGAUUUGCUGGUGGAUUGCAUCUAUCUUCUUCUGCAUCAGCUGCGUCAUGAGCAGAUUGGGCAUUGCCUGCUCUCUGCUUCGCCUGACAACACACAAGACUCAGCAAUGGACCAUGGGUAUUGUUUGCUUCUUUGCUACCUGCCUGGGACUUUUACUCUUUGUCCUUAUUGUGACGCAAUGCCAGCCAGUCAAACAUUUCUGGGAGCUAGAUGAAAGUGGGAAAUGCCGCAAUCCGAAUAUCCUUGCAAUAGCCCAGUAUGUCUUCAGCGCUGGGUCGAUCAUCUGCGAUCUCAUUUUGUCAACCUUACUUUCCAGAAGGAUCUGGCAACUUCAGAUGAGGAUCAGCACAAAGCUUUAUACAAUUUUCAUUUUUGGAUUGGGCUCUGUGUAUGCAAGCCCCUUGUUACUGCGAACCUUGGAAUCAUCGUGCUGA